UUAACUUUUCCCCCCUUCAACAACAGGAAGUGAAGCAUGCUCCCAGAAAGGCAGGCACCUCACAGACAGAGCCAGUGAGGAAAAUGAAGCUCCCAAUUUUCAUAGCAGAUGCGUUCACGGUGACAGCUUUCCGUGGCAAUCCUGCUGCUGUCUGCCUCCUGGAAGACACACUGGAUGAAGAUGCCCAUCAAUACAUUGCAAGGGAGAUGAACCUCUCUGAAACCGCUUUUAUCCGAAAACUGCAACCAACUGACAACUUCACACAAAGCUCCCGUUUUGGACUAAGGUGGUUUACCCCGGAGAGUGAGUUCCCGCUUUGUGGCCACGCCACCCUGGCUUCUGCGGCUGUGCUGUUUCACAAAAGAAAGAACACAAACAGCACUCUAACCUUUGUCACCAUGAGUGGAGAACUAAAGGCCAGGAAAGCAGAAGAUGGCAUUGUGCUGGAUUUUCCUCUCUACCCAACCUUCCCUCAGGACUUCCGUGAAGUAGAAGACUUGCUAAAGGCAGCCAUAGGUGACACUAGGGUCCAGGACAUCCGGUACUCUCCAGACACCAAAAAUCUCCUGGUCAGGCUCAGUGAUUCUUAUGACAGGUCCUUUCUAGAGACCCUGAAGGUGAACACGGAGCCUCUGCCUCGGAUGGAAAAGACAGGGAGGGUGAGAGGACUCAUUCUCACUCUCAAAGGAGAGCCUGGGGGGCAGAGGGCCCCGUAUGACUUCUACUCCAGAUACUUUGCGCCAUGGGUUGGUGUGGCUGAAGACCCAGUAACAGGGUCCACCCACACGAUUCUUGGCCCCUACUGGUCUGAAGAGUUGAGGAAAAAAGAAAUGCGAGCCUUUCAGUGUUCCCGCCGAGGAGGGGAACUGGACAUUUCCCUGCGACCUGAUGGACGAGUUGACAUGAAGGGUGGUGUUGUUAUUGUCUUGGAGGGCACGCUGACGGCCUAGAGACGCCAAUGCUGGCCUGUGGUGGCCCCUCCACGAGGUGUUUCUGCUAUACCAAGACACCAAACCAACCAAACAACAAAUGCACAGAGCUUACCUCAGCAAGCCUGCCAAGCAGUGUCCUCGGUCCUCUCAUGAGGAACAGGAAGGGAUACAUUAGCAUUUCCAGAGUCUUUACCUGAUAGUGGGGCUCUGGCCUCUGCCUCUGCCCUUCUCUUCAGGGACCCACAGCAGAGACUGAUGGUGUCACUUCUUUUGAUGACUGCCAAUGAAAGUGAGAGAUCCAUUAGUAAAGAGAUGAAAUUCAGAUUUAGGCAUGAGUACCCAACAGAAGGUUUUCCAACUAU